CGUUCUGUACGUCCGCUAAAUAACGGUGGCGAAAUUCUCCCGGCAAAAAUGAAUGGCGCGCUGCUCGCCCUGUUGUUGGCUGCAUUGGCCCUUGCAGAGGUCCAAAGCGGAUUGGCAGGACACGCGCACAGUUUCGCGCGCUUUCAUGGACCAGUCGUAGGGCCCGGCCACGAAGUGGCUGUCCACAAUGAGCACGGCCAUCAUCAUAUAGACUAUGUCGCGCAUCCCAAGUACGAGUUCGCGUAUGGAGUCGAGGAUCAUCACACUGGCGAUUAUCACGGGCAGAAAGAAUACAGAAACGGAAAAGUGGUCAUCGGUGAGUACACCGUCAAGGAACCGGGCGGUAACAUCAGAACCGUGACCUACCACGCUGAUCCGCACGGUGGAUUUUUUGCUCACGUCCACAACUCAGGCGGUAAUAACCAUCACGGCGGUACAUACGGCGGUUACGGGCACCAGUGGCACCAUUGAGGGCAUCAAGAAACCUAAGUGUGAUAUAUGACGCUAAGACGCUUAAGGGCCACAGGUCACUUCUCGCCUCGCGU